AUGUCUUCGUGCGAAAGGUUAUUUACUGGUGCUGCUAUUGCUGAAGCUUACCGGAAAUUCAGACCAACGUAUCCCAAAGGAGUUGUUGAUCGAAUCAUAAGCUAUCUUGGACACAAGAAGCCUGGUCCUCAUAGCCUGGCCGUUGAUGUGGGAUGUGGUUCCGGUCAAAGUACGGUUAUUCUUGGAGACUAUUUUGAUCAAGUCAUUGGGUGUGACGUCAGUGAAUCUCAGAUACAAGAAGCCAUUGACCAUAACCUCGCAACAAAUGUGGAAUAUAAAAGUGGAAGUGAUAGAAAUAUACCUGCAGCUGAUCAUACAGUGGAUCUAGUGACGUCAGCAGAGGCAGCUCAUUGGUUCAAUCGUAAUCAAUUUUAUAAAGAAGUUGAUAGGGUUUUAAAGCCGAACGGUUGCCUUGCUGUAUAUGGAUAUGGAUUCCCAAAGUUGCACGACAAUACAAAUGGAAAACAAUUGCAAAGUAUACAUGAUGAUUUUGUUUAUAAGACUUUAGGUGGGUUCUGGGAAGAUGGAGUAAAGAACGUUGAGCAACACUAUACAUGCUUUACAAUGCCGUAUGCAGAAUCUGAAAGGGAUGAUACGUUUUCAAUUGAAAUUGACUACAGUGUUGCAGAUUUUGUGGGGUACUUAAGUUCGUUUGCAACAUACCAUAAAUAUCUAAAAAUGAACCCCGACAAACAACACGUACUGCUGGAAGUGAAAGAAAUGUUGAUGAACGUCAUUGGCGAUGAGGCACCAGCUGAACACACAGCAAUCCAUGUAUCAUUUCCAGUUUUUUUGUUGCUUUGCAGAAAACCAUAACACCUCUAUGAUACCCACCCACACCCACCCACACCCACACCCACACCCACCCACACCCACACCCAC